CCUCCCUCUGCUCCAGCAAGUCUGCUAAGCUGUCCAAUUCCCACCCCGUGCUGGGAGGAGGAGUCUGCGUGGAGUGCGUGUAAAGGGACGGAGGGAGUGGGCCGGAGCCCACGGUGUUUGACCCAUCUGUUGGUGCGUGAGAAGAAAGGAAGGAAGCGGUGCAGAGUAGUGGUUGCCAAAAUGUUCCGGUGUGGAAGCCUGACAGCGGGUGCUUUGAAGCAGAACCUGGCGCCCUUGGUGCGGACUGUGUGCGUCCGAGGCCCAAGGCAGAGGAACCGGCUUCCAGGCAACUUGUUCCAGCGAUGGCAUGUUCCUCUAGAACUCCAGAUGACAAGACAAAUGGCUAGCUCUGGUGCAUCAGGGGGCAAAAUCGAUAAUUCUGUGUUAGUCCUUUUUGUGGGCUUAUCAACAAUAGGUGCUGGUGCAUAUGCCUACAAGCAUAUAAGAGAUGACAAAAAAAGAUACAAUGAAAGAAUUUCAGGAUUAGGGCUGACGCCAGAAGAGAAACAGAAGAUGGCCACAUCAUCUGCUCUAGAAGGAGAAUCAGUUCCUCAGGUCAGGGUACCAAGUCAUGUUCCAUUCCUGCUCAUCGGUGGAGGUACUGCUGCUUUUGCUGCAGCCAGAUCCAUUCGGGCUCGGGAUCCUGGGGCCAGGGUACUGAUUGUAUCUGAAGAUCCUGAACUGCCAUACAUGCGACCUCCUCUUUCAAAAGAACUGUGGUUUUCGGAUGAUCCAAAUGUCACAAAGACACUACGAUUCAAACAGUGGAAUGGAAAAGAGAGAAGCAUAUACUUCCAGCCACCUUCUUUCUAUGUCUCUGCUGAUGACCUGCCUCACAUUGAGAAUGGCGGUGUGGCUGUCCUCACGGGGAAGAAGGUAGUACAGCUGGAUGUGAGAGGCAACAUGGUGAAACUUAAUGAUGGCUCUCAAAUAACCUAUGAGAAGUGCUUGAUUGCAACAGGAGGCACUCCAAGAACUCUGUCUGCCAUUGAUAGGGCUGGAGCAGAGGUGAAGAGUAGAACAACACUUUUCAGAAAGAUUGGAGACUUUAGAACCUUAGAGAAGAUUUCCCGGGAAGUCAAAUCAAUUACGAUUAUUGGUGGAGGCUUCCUUGGUAGCGAACUGGCCUGUGCUCUUGGCAGAAAAGCUCAAGCCUUAGGCACUGAAGUGAUUCAGCUCUUUCCUGAAAAAGGAAAUAUGGGAAAGGUCCUCCCCGAAUACCUCAGCAACUGGACCAUGGAAAAAGUCAGACGAGAAGGGGUUAAGGUGCUGCCCAAUGCUAUUGUGCAAUCAGUUGGAGUCAGCGGUGGCAAGUUACUCAUCAAGCUGAAAGAUGGCCGGAAGGUAGAAACAGACCACAUAGUGGCAGCUGUGGGCCUGGAGCCCAAUGUUGAAUUAGCCAAGACUGGUGGACUAGAGAUAGAUUCAGAUUUUGGUGGCUUCCGGGUAAAUGCAGAGCUCCAAGCACGCUCUAACAUCUGGGUGGCAGGAGAUGCCGCAUGCUUCUAUGACAUAAAAUUGGGUAGGAGGCGGGUAGAACACCAUGAUCAUGCUGUUGUGAGUGGAAGGUUGGCUGGAGAAAAUAUGACUGGAGCUGCUAAGCCAUACUGGCAUCAGUCAAUGUUCUGGAGUGAUUUGGGCCCUGAAGUUGGCUAUGAAGCUAUUGGUCUCGUGGAUAGUAGUUUGCCCACAGUUGGGGUUUUUGCAAAAGCCUCUGCAGAAGACAACCCAAGAUCUGCCACAGAGCAGUCAGGGACUGGUAUCCGAUCAGAGAGUGAGACAGAGUUGGAGGCCUCAGAAAUCACCAUUCCUCCCAGCAACUCCGCAGUGCCCCAGGCCCCUGAGGAAGGGGAGGACUACGGCAAAGGUGUCAUCUUCUACCUCAGGGACAAAGUGGUAGUGGGAAUUGUGCUGUGGAACAUCUUCAACCGAAUGCCAAUAGCAAGGAAGAUAAUUAAGGACGGUGAGCAACAUGAAGAUCUCAAUGAAGUAGCCAAACUAUUCAACAUUCAUGAAGACUGAAACCCCCCAGUGGACUAGGCAAGCAAUUUGCUGUCCCUGACAGCAGCGUGGAUGAUUAAAGGAGCAUUUUUUAUUCAGCAGAGUUCCUCUGUGUGUAUGAGUGUGAAUGGUCAUGUCCUUUGUGAACAUUUCAAUGAUGUAGGCAAAUUCUUAAUGUUUACAUCAUUAAAUAAAAUCUGAUUCUUCUAAAUUAAAUUCUGCUCUCUUUGAAAGGGAGCGGGUGGAUGAAGGUAGAAAAGCUGUGCAUAUCAGAGAGCAAGCAAAUUGGAGCUACUACCAAGCGCAUGAUUGUUCUCAGCCUAGUAUUCCCUGUUCCACACUCCGAACUCCUUUCACUUCCCCAAACUUCUGUCUCGCCCCUGUGGACCCCUCUGUGUGCACCAGCUGUGGCCUCUGCCCACAGUGCUUGACCCCUUCCCCCUCCUGUGGGGUAGGUCGUGGUCUCUAUGAAGACUUUCCUGACCCUUCCAAGCCUGUUCCUUGCUUAUGUCUCCCUUCUGGUCUGUGGCUUCCUGGAAGACGGAAUCAUGGCUUUAAUAUCUUGAUCUUGGUUAUAUCUCCAGAGUUUAGCAUAGAGUCCAGCUCACAGUAGGUGCUUAGUAAAGCACCUACUUAUUCACUGUUGAAUAAGUGAACACGUAAACAUAUGGAAUAGACUCUGCUUUACCUGGAACACCACCGUAUGUGCCACCACCCACUCCCAACCCCCAUCCCAGAACUGAAUAGGUUCUGGGGUGGCGGGUAGGCAGAAAGGACGUUUAUGCAACCAGAGACAAGGGUUUAGAGAUCUGGUACUUUGUGGUUAAACCAGCAGACUGACUUCUUGAGGAGUCAUGAUCUCUUGACCCCAAUACCCACUGUCUCCCAAACUACAAAUCUGCUUUCUCCCAACCCCUUUUUAUCUAAGAUAGGGCUUAUGGGCAUUCUUCACUUUAUAGAUGAUUUCCUGGAAAUAGAAGUGAGAGUUUCAUAAGUCAACUCAUGCAUUUUUGCAUUUCAAACUACUUGAACUU